AUGGCACACGAGAUCAAUAUUCAACUUCCGGUACAAUUUGAAGACUUUUAUAUACUCUCAUUUGGAAAAAUCAUUGCAAGCCCAUUAUACUACGGGGCCAAUUAUAUUUGGCCAAUUGGGUAUAAAUCCUGUUGGCAUGAAAAGCUUACCGGCUCACUUUUUACAUGUGAGGUGUCGAAUAACAGUCAAGGUGGACCCCUUUUCAAAAUCACAAGGUCCGGUUGCUUAGAAUUACCUCUUCAAUAUGGUCAAACUAUUCUAUGUCGAGCAGACCUUGAGGAGCAUGACAAUGUUGUGACUGAGCUGACUGAGAUAGAUCAGGACAUUGGUGAUGAGAUAGUGUAUGAAGAUGUAAUUGGUGACUUAUAUUUUGAAGGGUCAUCACUAUCUUCAACAUGGGAGUUAUUAUUGAAAAUGAUUGUUGAUGUUUACGAAGAAAUUAUCAACCGGAACGGUGGCCUACAGUGUUACUGUAGGCAUGCGGAAGAUUUAAGCUUCUUGUCAUCUGUUCAUUUUACGCAGGAGGUUAGCAUAGAUCUGGAGAACUUUUUACAUUCGCAACAAUGUGUCAGUGUGCCGACUGUCGUUCAUGGUGACAAGGAGACUCGUGAGUUUUCAAAAUUAUUGAUAAAUUGGUUGAGAGGGUAUCGAUUUGGAUUAGACAUUGAGUUUGUUCAAGAAUUUAUAGAACAACUCCCUGGAGUAGAAGCCUGUUCAGGAUAUAUAUUAUGCAAAGAUCGUUUACGUGAUUCAUCUUCAACAAUUUCAAAUAAAAAAAUUAAAAUAAAGGACGUGGAGCCUUUUCCUGUUGGGAGUCUCAUUUCCUCAAGGUUGUCUUCUAAUGCAACAGGCGACCUUCUUCAGGUAUAUGAGUUCUUAUGCCGUUUUAAAGAAGUUCUCGAAGUGGAAGAAAAUUGUUUAUCGUAUAAAGAUCUUGAAAAUGAGCUUCAUCUUACCCCAUGGCCUGUUACAUAUGGAUAUGGGGCAGGGGCAUUUCUGGAAACAGUAGAAAUGAAUUGUGUUAAACAUAAGGUUGACAAGUUGACUACUGUCCACAUGGCACUGCUACCUAGGCUAGUGAGUAAGCUCCUGCGAAAAAUAACUAAUGCGUUUAAAGUAACCGGUGAUGCUAAAGAUACAGAGAAGGACAAGGAUAAAAAAGUAAAUUUAGAAAUGUUUCCGAUUAAUCCGCUGACGUGGCCAGAAGUGGCUAGAAGAUAUAUCUUGGCUUGCUUGUUAAUGGGAUCUAAGAACACUGCUGUUGGUAAUAAGACGAAGCUCAUUCGCUGUCUGCAAGGUGAUGAUGCUAUUUUCUCUGGAUCGCCAGCUGGCAUUGCAGGCUCUGAUGUGGACGCACAGUUGCUUGGAAGAGCUGUAGAGAAAGUAUUUGGCAAACGGAAAAGAGAAAGGAGUAUUUUACUUGCAGGGACUAAAGUUGACAAUUUGGAAAACUACAGGCGGGAAACAGAUUUUAGUAUUCCAGAGUGGGCGAAAGUGCUUGAUCCUGUAAGAAAGCUGCCUACAAAUGUGGGGUCCCGAAUUCGGAAUUGUGUGCGUGAAUCUUUAAAGAAAAACCCACCCGAAUGGGCAAAGAAGCUUCUAGAAGCUUCCAUUUCAAAAGACGUGUACAAGGGCAACGCAUCCGGGCCCACAAAGAGAGCCGUAAUCGAUGUUUUAAAAAGAGUAUCCGAUGGCCUGCAUACAGCAUCCCCACCUGGCAUGGAAAUGGAAGAAAUCAAAACCUCCAAGAUGUUGUCAAAUACAGUGAUGAAAAAGUGUCGUGUGGUAUUACGCCAGGUGGCAGCAGCUUAUGAUAAGAAGAAAAAGGUUCUUGUUGAUAAAAAGAAAAAGGUUCUUUUUAAUCUUGUUGGAAGGGACUUAAAUUGUAAUGAUAAUUAUUUAAAAAUUGUUUUUGGAUCUGUGUCGAUGCGUCCUAUUGAUUUAAGAACCAUUGAUUUGAGAUUGUUUCAUGGGGCAUAUGGUGCUUCACAUGAAGCAUUUCUUGAGGACGUUAAGGAGGUGUGGAUUAACUUACGCAGGAAAUUUAAAGAGGUGGAUAAAAUGUCACGUAGUUUUAAAUUGCGAUAUGAAAAGGAGGUAGGGACUCUAGUUAGGAGAUUUUAUGAAGAUAACAUGAACAGAAAACCUAUUGAGGAAAUAGAGAAGGAGCUUGAAAAGAUUAUAACUUCAACUGAAAUACCCGAAGCACCCUGGGAAACAGGAAUCUGCAAUGUAUGUGGGAUUAAUAAAGAUGAUGGAAAAGUACUUCUUUGUGAUAUGUGUGAAGCAGACUAUCACACAUACUGUUUGACUCCCCCUCUUUCUCAAAUCCCAAAAGGCAACUGGUUUUGUCCCAUUUGUGUGCCACCUCAGCAGGACAACGAAGCAGAAGGUCUUGUAAAUAUUUUACAAUUUGUUGAUAAGAAUUGUGAAGAAACAACUAAGCUUUUGGAUAUAGCCACUGCCUUGAAGGAAAAAGAGUAUUGGGAAUUAGAUGCAGAUAAGAAAACCUUCUUGCUCAAAUUUCUAUGCGAUGAGUUAUUGAAAACCAGUCUUAUCCGUACGAAUUUUACAGAGCUAGAUGUGAAUGUGAUGGAAGAAAAAAAAUCCCUAAAUUUUGUUAAUCAUGAAGAGCUCUCUUUACGCAAGGAAUUUUUAGGCAUCGAUUCCGAGAACAGAUUCUAUUGGGGAUUCCAAAACACAAACACAAGCACACAUCACGGAAUCAUCGUCAACGAGACCGGAAUGUGUGAUUCCGAUUCCGGUGCAUGGCGUUUAUUCCAAUCCGACGAACAAAUCAAGAGUCUCAUCAACUACUUCAAACGAAACGAUCCGAACAGAAGAGAAUUGAGAAAUUCGAUCUCAAAGUGGCAAAAAUCAAUCACAAAACAUGGUCAACAAACGGGAGCAAAUUCUGUCAACGGCGAAACGGUCUUUUCACAUAACAACGGACUUGCUACAAAGGCAAGUGAGUUGCUGGAGGCGAAAUACAAUACAGAUCCGGAUUCAGUGAAGAAACCAAGAAGAAAGAACAUGGCAAAAUGGCAUAGGUGUGGUUGUUUGGAACCCGUUUUGCCAUGUAGAUACCACUGUGUUAAAUGCCAUGAAACCUUUUUCACAAAUGUUGAAUUUGAACAACAUAAGAAGAACAAGUGUGAUUGUGGUUUGGAUUUGGGUUUGGUGAGUCAAAUGGGACCCGGUCGACUCAGCCUUGGUUGUGAUUCAUUAAGAUGGUUGAAGAUGAAUCUGUUGGACAUGGAAGCUGCACUUCCCGACGGAGCAAAAAGAGGGUCCAGGUCAAGUUCUGAAUGGAGAUCUGAAUGGUGUGCAUUUGUUAAAUCAGCUAAUACCGUAUAUGAGAUGGUUGAAGCAACUAUGGUAUUAGAAACCAUGAUCAAGACAGAUUAUAUCAACAACACAUGGUGGUGGUACUGGUCAUCAAUGGCUGCUGCUGCCAAGACAUUCACCAUCUCCGCCCUUGCUCUUCGUAUCUACACACUCGAUGCCGCCAUUGACUACCAGAAAACCACCACCACCACCGCCGCCACCUCUUCCAGCCAAAAACUAUCAAAGAAACGGAAACACCCCGAUGACAAACACAAGGAACAAAGAAAGAAACCAAAGAAACCACAAGAUAAACAAGAAAUCAAGGAGCAAAUCCAAAACAUCAUUCCAUAAUCCGCAUGUUUAUCCCAUGUUUUAGUUUUUGUUUGGAGUUUAUGUGUGUUUUAUGAAAGAUUGUGUUUGUAAGUGUUUUAGUUUAUCGAAUUUACAAGUUUUCCGGGGCUAUUUUGAUGACAGGAUCAAGAGGGU